AUGAGUUCUGAAAAUAGUAUCAAUUAUUUAAAUAAUAUAUAUAGAGAGUUUAAUUUGUUUAAUAAUUUUUUAAAAGAUCUAGAGCAAAAGGUAGACAAUACUAACGGUGACCUUAACUAUGUAUCGGUAUAUGAUAAUUGUAUUGAUGAAAUAUAUAACACACAUAAUGAAUAUUAUACAUGGAGUAAUAUUGAAAAAAAUAUCGAUGGUAAAUUUAUGGAAUAUUUUUGUGAAAAUGUGAUAAUAAAUAUCAAAAGAUUUUUAAGAACUAAUUAUAUUUGUAUAGAUGAAGAUUUAAAAAAUGUAAAAAGUCGAAACAAAAAAUUAAUUGAUAAAUUAAAAGGGCUUAUGGAAAAUAUUGAAAAUCAAGAAAAUUAUAUAUAUGAAUUAGAAAAGGCGGUAAAAAUCGAAAAGGAUAAAAAUCGGAAUACAAGUAAUCUAAUAGAAAAAAUAAAUAAUUUAGUAAAAGACAAUGAGCAACUUGAAAAUAAAAAUGAGCACUUAGAAAUGUUCUUGCGGAAACAACAAGAAGAAAAUAAUAAAACCAAAAUUGAAUUAAAAAAAAUGAUGUUUCUUGACGAAAAAUAUAAAAAAGAAAUUAAUAUAAUAGAUGACAUUGAUAAACAAAAUAAUUUAUCUUCUACUAAUUUUAAAAAUAAGUCUAAUUAUGUUUUAUCAUCUAAAAAAAAAGGCAAUUAUAGUCGUCGCAAUAAUUUACAUGCCUUAGCAAAAAAUGUAAUGAUUCAAAAUAUUGAUAUUCAAUUUCCACACCAUAAUAAUAUUUAUUUUAGAAAAAGAGAAAGAAAAAAAAAAUACGUAUAUAUCAUAAAUAGAAAUAAUAGUAGCUCUUCUGAUAUAAAAAAAGACAAAAAGAAAAAAAAUUAUAUAGAAAAAAUAUAUAACCAAGAUUAUCAAAAUAUAUAUAGCACUUUUGAUCUAAAAAAUAUUAAAGCAACUAAUGAUAAUUAUGAGGAAUAUAUGAACGCAUAUAAAACUAAAUAUCAUUUUAGUGAUUAUUAUAAUUUUUUAAAGCGAAAAAAAAAUAAAAUAAAGCAGUGUGAAAGUAAUAUAACAGAAUUUAACACAUAUAACAGUAUCGAUUUUAGUGAUUCUAUCAGUGAUAAUAAUACAAAUGCAUCUAAUACUAAGAAAUAUGUCAUGGAUACUCAUAAAAAUAUAAAUAGUAGCACUGAAAAUAGUGAAAUUAGUUAUAAUAGCAGUGAUUAUAUGCUAAGGGAUAAAGAUUGCAUAAAUAAAAAUAUUAAUGAAAAGUUACAAAAAAAAUAUAAUUAUAAGAAUGAAAAUAAGGAAUUAAACCAUUUUUCCGAGGCAUACGAUCCUUAUAUUUAUAAACGGACUCAAAUGUCAUUUCCUAACAAAAAGCUAUUAUCUGAUAUAAGGAAAAAAUUAAGAAUUAACCAAACACACUUGAUCAAUUCUAGGAUUAAAAAAAUAUUACACAACAUGAUUAAAAAAAAAAAGAAAAAAAAAAUCAGAACAUUAUUAUAUUUACAAAAAGGGGAUACCCCAAUUGAUGUAACCAAUGAGAGCAACCAAUCGUUUGCCAUACACACAAUGAUUAUAGAAGACUUUAGAUGCACUAUAAAUAAUUUUUAUGAAUGUAUUAAAAAAGACAUAAAAAUUAUUAUAGAAAAGGAUACAAAAUUGAACCUUGACCCUUUUUCUAAUUAUUUCAAAAAGAUAAUAAAAGAAAUCCAUGAUGAACAACAUAUUUUGAAAAAAAAAAAAAUUGAUAAAAUUACAAGAAAAUACCUUCGACGUAUAGACUCGUACAGAUUACGUGAGAAAGACUUUUUUUAUAGCAUACCCAAUACAGAAAAUAAGAAUAAUAAAAAAACACAUCUGAGUUAUAACAAAUAUGACUCUUUCGAUUUGCGAAAAGUUUUAAAAAAUAAUUAUGAAGAGCAAAAUUUCAGUAGUGACAAUGAUGAACCAUUUUCUUUUAGCUUCUACACAAGAAGACAUAAAAGAAUGAUUGAUAAACUAAAAGAUUUUAAAAAUAAUAUUUCAUUUUUUAAGUUUUAUGAUUUAAUUGAUUUUCCUAAUAAACAAUAA